AUGUCUGUCCUAGUCGCCACUAAUGACAUAUGCUGGUACAUCAAUUCUGGUGUAGCCCACCCUCUCAUUGUAGAAGCAAACUGCUCCUUUCCAACCCUAGAAUGCAUUCGCAAGGCCAAAACCUGCGGCCUCUUGCUGAUUAAGGAAAGGGAGGAUAAAUACUUGCUCAACAUACACAAAGAAGAAGCUCAAGCCAACGCAAUAAGACCCACGAAAGAAGCCCGUAAUGAAUCCGCCACCAAUGGUUUCUCCAAAGCUUGGAUAUACGAUACCAUGGCUAGCAAUCCACCGGUGUGUAGCACUGUCAAUAUACAUCAGCAUAAUUAUUCCACAGAUUACAUCGUCAAUGCCGGCUGUAUCGUUGCUGAAUGCACGCCACCGCCGUCACUUUCAGCCGGCCCCAGCAUUCCCAUUCAACGACUCAGUAUCGGUGAUGGAGUAGCACAAUACGACUUGACAGCUGAUGGUGUAUUCAUUACCAUCAUGUUGCUCAUUUGCUUCAUCUAA